AAACCGGCAAUAAAAAGGAUUUUUCCUGUAGCAAAAGUGUCUUUCUUCCUCCUCAUUGCAGCUGGAUUGUGAGAGUGAGAGAGAGAGAGAGAGAGAGAUAAGCAGACCCCAAAAAAGAAAAAAGCUCUCUCUAUCUUUUACAAAUAAUAAUAAUAAUAAUAAUAUCUUUAUCUCUCUCUCAAUCGGACGGCUAUAAUUAUCUCAUCCUCUUCCUGUGUCCCCCUUCCAGAAAACGUUUCGAAGUCACGGAGUUAUGCAGGCGGAUCAGACGGUGAUAAGCUUGAGACCAGGCGGCGGCGGCGGCGGUCUACGUGGCACCAGAUUCCUCCUCCCUCGCUUCGACUCUUCUUCUUCUUUUUCCUCUGAUGUUCAGUCUCUCCGUCUCGCUCCCACACUCAAGAGUGGAGAGUUGCAGUUUGAAGAUCGUGAUCAUGUCCGGUACACCCGAGACCAACUGUUGCAGCUUAGGGAGGUUGCUGCUAUCCCUGAAGAUAUUUUGAAGAUUAAACAAGAAAUUGAAGCUGAGUUAGCUGGCGAGGAUCAAACUUGGGUUCAUUCAGAUGCCAAUUUGCAACCUCAAUCCCAAAGUCGUUAUUCUGAGUCAGACAACCGUGACUGGCGUGGCCGUUCUGCUCAGCUCCCUGCCUCUGGAGAGGAGAGACCCUGGGAAGCAAUUCGAGAUAAUAAGGAAUAUUCUAACCAAUUUGAGUUAAGGCCACAGGAAUUGAACAAUGGCCAGUAUAUCCAAGGGGCUGGACCUGCUCCUACCCUAGUCAAGGCUGAAGUGCCAUGGUCUGUUCAAAGAGGGACUCUCUCUGAGAAAGAACGUGUCUUGAAGACUGUGAAAGGUAUACUGAACAAAUUGACCCCAGAGAAGUUUGAUGUUCUGAAGGGUCAGCUGAUUGACUCUGGAAUUACUACCCCAGACAUUUUAAAGGAUGUCAUCUCUCUGAUAUUUGAUAAGGCUGUGCUGGAGCCCACAUUUUGUCCCAUGUAUGCUCUUUUAUGUUAUGACCUUAAUGAGAAGCUUCCUCCAUUCCCAUCUGAUGAGCCUGGUGGGAAAGAUAUCACUUUUAAGCGAGUGCUCUUGAAUAAUUGCCAGGAGGCGUUUGAAGGUGCUGACAGCCUGAGGGCAGAAAUCAGGCAGAUGGCAGCCCCCGAGCAAGAAAUGGAACGCAGGGAUAAAGAACGGUUGAUUAAGCUGCGAACUCUAGGAAACAUACGCCUUAUCGGGGAGCUUUUGAAGCAGAGGAUGGUGCCUGAAAAGAUAGUCCACCAUAUUGUUCAGGAGCUUUUGGGACAAGAAGGUAAAACAUGCCCAGCAGAGGAGAAUGUUGAGGCAAUAUGUCAAUUUUUUAACACCAUUGGCAAGCAGCUGGAUGAGAGCCCAAAAUCUCGGCGGGUCAAUGAUAAUUAUUUCGGCAGGUUGAAGGAGCUGACAACAAACCCUCAACUUCUUCCACGAUUAAGGUUCAUGGUCCGUGAUGUUCUUGAUUUGAGGGCUAACAACUGGAUCCCCAGACGUGAAGAGGUGAAAGCCAAAACCAUCACCGAAAUCCAUUCGGAGGCAGAGAAGAAUCUAGGGUUGCGUCCUGGUGCUACUGCAUUCAUGAGAAAUGGCCGUAAUACAGGGGCACUUGGGGGUAUGAGCCCUGUAGAUUUCCCCCCUAACAGACCGGGUUCUGGGGGUAUAAUGCCUGGAAUGCCUGGGCUUGAUACUUACAAUUGGGAGGUUCCUCGAUCCCGAUCAAUGCCAAGGUCUAAUGGUUCUGCUCCGAUCCAGUCUGCCAGACACGUUCAGCCGCCUUUGAUCGGCAAAACACCCACCCUCAAUUCAAAGUUUUUACCACAAGGUAGUGGUGGUAUUGUUGCUGGUAAAACAAGUGCCUUGUUGCAGGGUGGUGGUACACCUGUCGAACCAAGUUCUCUUUCAGGAAUCAAACCUGUUACUCAAAACCCUAAGCCUGUAACUCCUGCUGCUGCAUCAGUGGUACCUUCUCCUGAGAAGCCAAUGGCUCCUGCUACAGGAUCAAUUCCUGUCAAUUUUCAUAGGAAAACUGUUUCCCUUUUGGAGGAAUAUUUCAGUGUUCGAAUGCUUGAUGAAGCACUACAAUGUGUGGAGGAGCUAAAAACCCCUGCUUAUCACUCUGAGGUUGUUAAAGAAGCAAUUUCCCUUGCACUAGAAAAGAGCCCACCAUGUGUGGAACCCAUCAUAAAGCUUCUUGAGUACUUGCUCAAUAAAAAUGUCUUAACUGCUAGAGAUAUAGGAACUGGAUGCCUUCUUUAUGGCUCAAUGCUGGAUGACAUUGGCAUUGAUUUGCCAAAAGCACCAAAUAACUUUGGCGAGGUUCUUGGGCAGUUGGUUCUGGCUGGGGGUUUAGACUUCAAGGUUAUAAAGGAAGUUCUGAAGAAGGUGGAAGACGAUAGCUUUCAGACAGUGAUCUUUGGUGCUGCUAUGAGAAUCAUUACUUCAAGCCCUUCUGGGCAACAGGUGGUGGCAGUGCAGGGAGCUGAUAUUCAGGAUUGUGAGAGUUUGCUCCCUUGAUUCAAUUCAGUUUUACAUGGUCGUCAUGGGAAGCUGCCCAGCAUUUUGUGAAUUGCAGAAUGCAGAUAUUGAAGAGUAGCUAAUUUUGCUUUGCAUACUUUUUUUUUGAAAAAAUUUCUACCCCUAUCAUUAAAUUAGGGAACUGAAAUUUUAUUGAGUUGUAUAUUUUUUUGGGGUUCCAUGAUGAGUUUGUUUAUUAAGUGAGAAACAAAAUACCUUUGUAUUUUGCUCGAGAUCUGGCUAAUUCUUUUGUUGGAUGUUCGAGAUAAACAGCGUCAUAUGUGACCCAGUUGCAUUAAAUUUUGAAUUCAUAUGUACCAAGUACUUUCUUUUUGUAACUGGCCACUUUGUCAGACCCAAAUUUUCUCUAUGGAUGACGAAGACAGUUUUGUCUUUA